AUGAACACGUUGUGGCCACCGGCUUGGUGUCAAUUUCUAUCUGUUUUGCCUGGCAACCUGGCCCACCACUCGGACGUCGUCGCUCGCGUGCCAGAUGCAGGUCGAUGUCGCGCUCGGGUCGUAUGCUGUGUUUGUUGGCGCGUCGGGAAGUGGCGCAUCAUGCCGUCCUGGGAAACGAAACUGCUUGGAGCACGCAGUGGAGAUGGACGAACGGACGUCGACUGGUCCUGCUACUUGGGGCGACGACUGCAUGGGAAGCAGUGGACUCGUUGUAGUCAUGGAAGAAUCUCUCACGUGCUCGGUGAACGCUGGCGCCACCUGCAGCGGGCUUAUCGUUCACAUCGUGCAAUGUGCAAUGAUGGCACUACGUCCGUAGGAGGCACGACGCUUCGAGAGCGUCUCCGUGGAUGUGUAUUUGGUGGGCUAGCUGGGCGAAGAUGGAGAAUUCCAUGGAUGCCGAGACGAGCCGCGUGGAUUUCUCCAUGA